AUGAUACCUUCCCCCGCGAUAACAACAGCCUCGCCGUCAAAAAAAUGCGAAGCCUAGGAGAUAGUACAUUUUCGUCAUCCAUUGAAGGUUGUAACUGUAAACAAUGGACGUUAAAUGCGAGGACAGGAAGUGGAAUGCAGCAAACACCCGCAUGUUGCUUUCCCUUUACAAAGAGCGCCAGGCCGAUUUUCGGGAUCCGAAUAAAAAGAUCAAAAACGUCUGGGGGGAAUUAGUGGUGGCCUUGGAACAUCUUGGAAUAACAGAUAUCGACGCCGUUCAGCUGGACCGAAAAUUUAGGAACUUGAAAAAAACCUACUACUGCAUAAGGGACAAGCAUCUGGCGAAAGGACCUGAUUUCCAUCCCAACUGGCAGUUCUACGACGAAAUGACGGAGAUUCUGAAGGAUGACCCCAUAACGUCGCAGAUCCUGACCAUGGACCACUACUCCGCGAUGAGCACGUUCCUGAGCGACGACUAUCCAUCGAAUGAGGCGGUAGAAGAUGUGCAACACGGCAUUAUGGUAUCCAUCGGCUCUGUGCAGACAGUCCUAACCCCGCGGGUUCGUCGCAAUCGCAAACGAAAGUCGGAGGAAGCCAGCCAGGUUGGAAUGCAGGAAACUCGGAAAGGCUACAAGGAACGGGCAAAACCGGCGAGGGAAGUAGACCACAUCCCGGUCUUCAAUGCGGCAGAGCCCCAAAUCAUCGAUCUGGCGACCAAUGAUAAGGAUGAGCUAUCAAUAGGCAGCACCGAGGAAGCCUUGAAGCAUGUGAGAGCACUGCUGGAGUACGCCAUGCUCAAGGACAACUUCCGGGCCAUCGGUCUCCUAACGCAAGCAGAGCAAGCCAUCCAGUUUCCGCCCAAAAGCGACGAUUUCGAAAUAUAACAAACAUAGUGAAAACAUCAUAAACAUAGCUAGUAUACUAAAAAAAAAAUGUAAUUAUUUCAAAGGAUAAAAAUAUUAUUUAACAAGA